AUAAAUUAUGCCAGAGGCACACAAAUUAAUGCAUUGGUACUUCUGGUUUACUGCGACAGAUUUUCAUCAGUCAUUUCCUUAGUUCCAAAGCAAAAAGAAUUCAAAGGCAGUUUCUCACACAAAAAGCAAAAUACCACCACUUCCAUUUUUUUCCUUCCUUUCAACAAAGCAAAAGCAGAAAAAAGAAAAAAAAAAAUCGAAAUAAACAAAAAAAGUCAAAAAAGUGCUUCCAGUUCAUGAUCAAAUUCCAUGGAGAACUUGGUUCAGGUUUCAGGUCUGGACGCUUUGACGCUGUCGAACAUGAUUGUAUCGUCGGCGCGCAACGCCAUAUCGCACCGGCGGAACUGCGAGCAACUCGCGGAGCACGUGAGGAUAAUCGGGAACUUGCUGGAGAAGCUGAAACAGACGGAUUUGAUGGACCUUCCGGCGACCAAAGAGCCCUUGGAUGGUUUACAGGAAGCUUUGAAGAAAGCGCUUGAGUUGGUACAGAGCUGCAGGGAUAAUAGUUACUUGUAUAUGCUUGCUAUGGGGUGGAGUGUAGUGUAUCGAUUCCGCCAAGUUCAGGCUGAGAUUGAUCGUUACCUUAGACUCGUGCCCUUGAUCUCGAUCGUCCAUGAGUUCCGUAUGCAGAAUCUGGAGGAAGGAUUGGAAGCUGUGGAUAAGGACCAAAGAGAUUAUAGUCUUGAUGAAGAGGAUGUUGAGGCACAGAACGUUGUAUUAAAACGUGAUCGAACAACGAAAGAUGCAGAUAUAUUGGAGAAGUCUCUGUCUCGCAAAUACCCUGACAUGGAUUUCCAUGAGGCACUCCUGGAGGAGAAAGAGAAACUCAAUAUUGAGCUGCAACGAUCAAGAACCAAUAAUGAUUCCAAUCAAUGCCGAGUCAUUGAACAUCUUAUUGAUGUGACAGACAAUGUUGUCAAUGUUCUUCCAGCGAAAAAUGUUCAUAAACUUGUUGCCAAUGAACCAACUUAUUCAAUAUCAGGGUACAUAACCAAUGCAAAAUCUAGUCAUGAAGACCUUGGAUUAAAGACGCAGAAUGAAGUUCAAUCAGAUUGGCAGGCUGAUCUUUUCGGUUGUUGCAGCGAGCCUUGUCUUAGUUUGAAGACUUUUUUCUACCCCUGCGGAACAUUUUCAUGGAUAGCUAACGUAGUGACAGAAGGAAAAAUAUCUCGUGAACGAGCAAUAAAUAACCUAAUGGGAUACUCAGUAUUUGGAGGUUGUUGCUGUUACAGCUGCUGUAUCAGAAAAAAGUUGCGGGAACAUUUUAAUAUAGAGGGAGGUUCAUGUGAUGACUACUUAACUCACCUCAUGUGUUGCUGCUGUGCAAUGGUUCAAGAGCGGCGCGAACUCGAGCUCAGAAACUUUCGGGGUUGCCAAGGAAGAAAGAUGGUUCCUCCACCAUUCCAAUACAUGAAGCCUUGAAUCCCUUCCUUGAUUGUAUGAAUAAAAUUUUAUCUACGAAGCAGCUAGUUAAGAGACUGACAUGAAAAUAUACACAUGCAAAGAGAGAAGAAUUAGUUUUUAAGAGACUGUCGUGUAUGCAUGCGUCAGUUCUAUGCAUAAAAAUAUGUAAAAUUUUCUUUUCUAGCCCAUCUGUUUCUCGAGAAACAGAAGGAUGAAAAGCGCGCAGGUUGGAAAAGUUUAAGAACCUAUUAAUCUAACACCAUCAUUUGAUUUUGCUGACAAACAAAACAUAAAUGAGAACAGAACAACCUGUACAGUGACAAGUUCAAUAUUUCACGCGUUGCGUAGUGUUUUCUUUU